UUCAUAACAUGACUGUAAUGCGAAGUGAAUGACGUAUUUUUUCCUUUCGCUUGGUGACCCUUGACGCCAAAGGUCGUAUAUUUCAAGUCUGCGCAUUAAACGUGUUUACCUCGCUAGAAGUAAACACAGCUUGGCUGUUACGAGAAACGCAGUGCAAUGGAGACGAGCUUUUUAACCGGCGAACGGAUCUUUAGAGCUGAUUAUAUUAAAAAGAAACGAAUUCGAAAGGGCAAACUUCAGUAUCUUGUCAAAUGGAAAGGAUACCCGACAAAGCAGUGCACCUGGGAACCUGAAGAAAACAUCCUUGACCCCUAUCUCCUCUUUGACUUCAAUUCAAGACCAAAUACAAAAAGAGUUGGCAGACGGAGGAAAAGUGAGGUGGAGAACUUUCGUCCGUAUGGCAUUUAUGAUCUCCAUGACAACAAAGAAAAAAGGAAGCAGGACAAAGGAAGGACGCGAACCGUGUGUCGUCCGCGAAUGUACGACAAUGGCAUCGGAGCACUGGCGGAGGCGGCCGAGUAUAUCAAUUCACUGGAACAGACAGAUGGUACCCGGGGAGGGCUAUUGUUGCCCUCUGAAACGGGUCGUGGACAAUUUGACAAUGAAUCCGACCUCAAUGACAAGACAAACACGCUUUUGGAGUGUGCGAAAGUAGACUGGGUUCGUGAGAAUAACAAUAACACGGAGAAUUCGUCGUCGGACUGCUGUUGUGCGCAAAUGACAGAAAACGACCAGAAGUGUUUUGAUUGGAUGAAGGGAACGCGUGCACAGCACGAGACCUCUGUGGACAUGACGGAUAAUAGUUGUGAAAAUGAACAAACUUCUGCACCUUUUUCUCCUCGAUGUUUAUCGGAAGAUACAGAGUCAUACUGUGCCGAGUCGUCUUGCACGUGCACAAGUUUUGACAUGGACAAUGAUGACGACCGAGAUUUUCUGCCCCCGCAAAGGGAGCAUAACGAACUGGACAGUUUGUUGGUCACUGACGUCACGUGUAACUCCACCACUAUCACGAUUGUUGAAAGUCCCACGAAAUCAGGAUUCUUCAAAUUGGAUUGAUCAUCCACAAUUACCAUGAAACAAUCCCAAAAAGUAUUCAAAUUUGCAAUCUAUACAUUUUCUUGCAAUCUGCCGCUCUGUAACAUCUGUAUUAAACAUGCCUACACAUUUGAUGAUACGGCGCUGUACUAAAUGACACUUCAGCAAUCAUAAUCAAUGAAAGUUUACUCUGCAAUUCACAAAAAAAAGAAAAGUUUUCUUGAAUGAGCUACGAGUGAUACCAAUCUAAAAUGGAAUUUAAGAAAAAUAUAUAUCGCUGAUUGGUUUUUGGGUCUUGGAUAAAGACCAUGUACUAUUAUUCAGAUUACAGUUGUUAUGGGCUGGAAGUUGGUUCCAACAUUUACACGGAGUGAUUUUGAGAAAAAUUGGAGAUGAGGAAACAAGUUUUAAUGUUUUAAGAUGGAUUUGGAGAGAGAUCUGAAGAUGUAUACGUGAUAUUUUGACUGCUGAUGCAGCUGAUGAUUGUCUUUCAUAUUUUAUCUGUUUAUUGUCAAGUAUUGGUUUCCAGGUGUCGUUAAACGGGUGUGUUUGACUCUGGAUUCAAAAGUUCUAUUUUAAUAUGUAUAGUUUGAACAUGUUGAAUAAAUGAUGAAAAGCAAACUUA